AUGUCUGGGACUGAAGAAGCAAUUCUUAGCGGCCGUGACAGCCAUCCUGCUGGUGGCAACUCUGUAUUAUGCUUUGGUCAGUACCAGUACACAGCAGAAGAGUACCAGGCCAUCCAGAGUGCUCUGAGGCAGAGGCUGGGCCCAGAGUACAUAAGUAGCCGCGUGGCUGGAGGAGGCCAGAAGGUGUGUUACAUCGAGGGUCACAGGGUAAUUAAUCUGGCCAAUGAGAUGUUUGGCUACAAUGGCUGGGCACACUCUAUCACACAACAGAACGUGGAUUUUGUUGACCUUAACAAUGGCAAGUUCUACGUGGGCGUCUGUGCGUUUGUGAGAGUCCAGCUGAAGGAUGGUUCGUAUCAUGAGGACGUGGGCUAUGGUGUUAGCGAGGGCCUCAAGUCCAAAGCUUUGUCUUUGGAGAAGGCGAGGAAGGAGGCAGUGACCGAUGGGCUGAAGCGAGCACUGAGAAGUUUCGGGAAUGCACUUGGAAAUUGUAUUCUGGACAAAGACUACCUGAGGUCGCUAAGCAAGCUCCCACACCAGCUGCCUCUUGAAGUGGACUUGACUAAAGCAAAGAGACAAGACUUUGAACCAUCUGUGGAACAAGCCAGAUAUAGCAGCUGCCGACAGAACCUGACUCUGGGACCCCCCAUACCACAGGAGGUGACGUCCCCUUGCAGACCAAGCCACCACGUUCUCACCUCCCUGUCGCUCUCCUGAUGCAGAAGCCCGACCUCCGCUGCCACAGAGAGCGAGAGCGAUGCCACAUAUCAGCGGAAGCUCCGGCAAAGACAGCUGCAGCAGCGGUUCCGGGAGCAGAUGGAGAAACAGCAGCAGGAACCCCCAUCUGGCCCACCUGCCAAGAAGCAGGGUCCCGCAGCGCUGCCACCAGUGCCACCUGCCGGAACUGCUGCUUCAGAGCGGCUCACCCAGACAGACGUGCUUCCAGACAGUCUUGAAAUGUGGGACAUGGCUCUAGAUGCAGGGGACAGUGUGGUCAAGCCCUUGUCUAAACCAGAACCGCCACAGGCCGCUGCCACCUCCGUCCUGCAGAAUGAGAUGGAGACCUGGAACAGGACCCCACAGAGCCUUUGCCACCAGAAUCCACAGGCAAAAUCUGGACCCUGGCACCUUCAAACUUACAACCUUAACCAACACAUAACAGGAGACUAUGAUUCAUAUAGGAAGAACCAGGACACAAAGAAAAGGAAAUUGGAUCCAUCUUGA